AUUAAUAGGAGACAAACUCAGCAAGGAUGUGGCAUUCCCGGCCAGAUGGUAAUUGUGCUGCUUAGUUACGUAGGAGACUCGAGUUCGAUUCUUACCCCACCCGUGUUUUUCUUUAUUUCUCCAGAAAUAAAUUAAAAGUAAUUGGAGUCUAAACAUUUAAGGAAGUGGCAUACCCGGCCGGUUGGUAAGACCAUUGGUUUGAGACUUGUGAGACUGGAGUUCGAUUCCUGCUGCAACAUAAUUUUUUUUUUUUUUUUUUUUUUUUUUUUUUUGUUGCUGCUGCCGUCUAUAACUUUUCUCCCAUUUUUCUCCCCUUUUCCUGUCUUCCUUUUCCCCCCUUUUCUGUUUCUUCCCCAUUCUCGCAUCUCCUUACAAGAACAAAAAAAAAAAAAACCACGCUACAGCAUCGCAACUCCCUCUCUCUCUCUCUCUGGUGGUCGACGCCCCUUCCUCCUGCACUUUUCCCGUCACCGCCGGUGCUUCUUCCUGCUGCGUUUUCCCGUCACCGAGCCAAAGUUUUAGAUCAAAAUGUUGUCUAAUAGAGAAUGGAUGUACACGAAGAGACUUGAUAGUCGUCGUUUGUUUAAUCCGCAAUGGCCACAUUAUGUCAAUUUGUUUUUGGAUUUUGCUUACACGAACGCAACAAACAUCCAACGUAUUAUUAGGGAAGGGGUGGAAGUUUUUGAAAUUAGAUGUCCGUGUGUGAAAUGCAAAAAUAUUUACUACCACCCGAGAGAAUCAGUUUUUAACCAUCUUAUUGCCCGAGGAUUCAUGAAUGGUUAUUCACUAUGGUAUUUACAUGGCGAAAAAUAUCCAACACUAGAGAUUGGUCAAUGUUCAAACCCUGAAACGGGUCAACACAUUGAUAACGAUUUUGGUGAUUAUCGUAGAUACGAGGAGAUGGUCAUCGAAAGCAUGCAUCAACCCGAGGCUUCUUAUUAUCAACAAACACCACACAACCCAAAUCUUGAUGCCCAAAAUUUUUAUAAAAUUUUGAAACAAGCGAGUGAACCUUUAUGGGAUGGGUGUACAAAAACUUCCACACUCGCCGCGACCAUUAGAUUAUUGGACUGGAAAUCACAAUCUAAUGUUUCAGACACGUCAUUUGAUAAACUACUUUCGAUUGUUAAAGACAUUCUACCAUCUGGCGAGAAGCUUCCUAACAGCUUCUACGAGACCAAGAAAAUGUUGAAGCCACUAAAAUUGCCUUCAGAACGGAUUCAUGUGUGUAUAAACCAUUGCAUGCUAUUUAGGGGCCAAUUUGCUGAUCUGGAUCAGUGUGUAGUAUGUGGUGAAAAUAGAUACAAAGACAGAGGGAGGAAAGUUCCUCAUUUGGUCUUGACUUACAUGCCGAUUGGACCGAGACUUCAAAGGCUCUUUUAUUCAAGGAAGACAGCCAAACAUUUAACUUGGCAUGCAGAUCAUUCAAUAGAUCCAGAAAAGAUGAUACAUCCCAGUGAAGGUAAAGCAUGGAAUCAUUUUGACACAACAUAUCCUGAUUUUGCAAAUGAGACGCGCAACAUUCGUCUCGGGUUGUGUACUGAUGGGUUUAGUCCUAAUAAUUCAAAUACAACUCCCUAUUCAUGUUGGCCGGUGUUUAUCACUGUUUACAACCUACCCCCUUGGUUGGCUUUUAAACAUCAGUACAUACAACUUCCAUUGAUCAUUCCUGGGAAGAAGAGUCCUGGACAAAAUUUGGAUGUUUUUUUACAACCUCUGGUGGAAGAGUUGAAGAUGUUGUUCACAGAUGGCAUUGAAACUUAUGAUGCUCAUCGAAUGACCAAUUUUCAAAUGAAGGUUGUACUUCUAUGGACAGUUAGUGACUUCCCUGCUUAUGCAAUGUUGUCCGGAUGGAGCACUCAUGGUAAUUUAGCGUGCCCAUAUUGCAUGCACCAAACAGAAUCAUUCCGGCUUGUCAACGGACAAAAACCGUGUUGGUUUGACUGUCAUAGAAAACAUCUACCCGAAAGACACGUAUUUCGAAAUGAUACGGUUAAUUUUUUAAAAGGCAAGAAAGUGAAAGGUCAUGAAGUGCCUGUUCCGUACCCAACCGGAGAAUAUAUUUGGGAGAAAAUCCAACAUUUUCCCACUGUAUACAACGGUACACCCUAUGGUCCAAAUUAUGCAAAACCACAUGGUUUUGGUAUUACACAUAACUGGGUAAAGAAGAGCAUCUUUUGGGAGCUUCCAUAUUGGCGUCACCUGUUGAUCCGACACAACCUUGAUUUGAUGAAAUGGUCAUGAAAACAAAUCCAAACGAAUCAGUUUCAGAUUUAAGAGAUAAAUACUUUGCUGAAUGGUUUGAGGACAAAGUAAGUAGAAAUAGUUAAAUCAUACUGAUUAUUACCAAUGCAUCAUUAACCAAUAUAAUGCGUAUAUUUUCACUGUAGGUAAUGUAUAAGACACCUGAUGGAAGUGCUAGACACUUAGAAGUUAUAGCUAAUAAACCAUCGAGACAUGCUCAUUACUAUAAUGGGUAUUUUGUAAAUGGUUAUAAGUUUCACACUCAACAAUACGGUGAGGGUCGUGUGACGAAUAACUUUGGAGUAUGUGUGAGAGGGGAGACGUAUAAUGCCGAACAAGAGUCAGACUACUAUGGCAUAGUGCAAGAGAUCAUAGAGAUUAAGUAUUAUAGCAACGGACCCUCGACUGUUGUACUGUUUAAUUGUAUUUGGUUUGAUAACAAAGACGGUGUAAUAGUCAACAAAAACAAGUUGAUUGAUGUCAAAUACAACUCUCGACUUCAAACUGACGACCCUUUUUGUUUGGCAUCACAAGCAGAACAAGUGUUUUAUACACCAUACCCUUCAAUGACAAGGGAGACUAAAGAUAAGUGGGCAGUGAUCAAGACAAAACCAAGAGGGGUAUUUGAAGUUACCGAAGCUGAAAUGGAAGCAGAUGAAAUCUUUCAGGAUGAAGAACGAUUUGAGUCACCCCUUACUGUAACUCGUGCAGAACGAUUGUGCCUAGCCUCAACUACUAAUACGUAUGAGCAAAUAUCUGACGACGAGAAUGAGAGAAUUAGGUAGGAAGACGAAGAAGUGGAAGAUUUUGAAAUCGAAGAUGAUGAAAACGAGUUGUAUUAUUCAGAAGAAGAAUUUGAAGAUGAAGAUGAUGAGGACGGAUGUUAGGAGAAUUGUCUUUUUUUGAUGAUAAGAGCAUUGUAUUUGUUGAUGUUAAGAGCAUUGUCUUCUUUUUUAAAACCUUAAAAUUAAAUGUUGUUUUUUUAAUGAUUUUGGUUUGGACAUAUUGUUAUUUUAAACAUUUCUUUUGUCAUAACUUAUUAAUCAUAUAUUAUAUAACUGACCAUUCUUGUUCUAUUAA